UUGUCUGAAAUAAAAUUCGUAUAAGAGUUAUAUUGAAAGAUGUCGACGCAAGGGUUUUUAUUAAUCCUUAUAACAAUUGUUUAUCUACAAAUAACCGGUAUCCAUUGUACUGGAUUAAUCGAAGUAUUCGAAUGGAAACAAAUGGAUUAUGAAAAUCGAGGCGAUUCUGAUAGUGACUUUGUCUUCCCAACUGAUAUUGAAAAACAUGAAGCAGCAAUGCAAAACGAUUCAUACAUUCCAUAUAAUAAUGUUCCGAUGGGUGUUAGCCAUUUCAAAGGUAAACUCUUCAUAACCAUGCCCAGACGUCGCCUUGGAAUUCCAUCAACACUAAAUUACAUUGACUUGAAAACUGUUGGCUCAAAUCGAAGUCCAAAAUUGAGAGCAUAUCCAGAUAUGGACACCAAUGAGUUUACGGAUACUGCAAACGCAAAUCGUAUCAUAUCUGUUUACAGAACUAGAGUAGAUGCAUGCAAUCGCUUGUGGUUCAUUGACACUGGAAUGUUGGAACUUCCUGAUAAUAAAAUACAAGUCCAACGCCCAUCUAUUUGGAUUAUCGACUUAAAUACCAACAAGAAGAUAAAUCGAUUCGAAAUUCCACAAUCAAUUGUUUCAACAGGACCUGGUUUAGCUAGUAUAACCGUGGAUGUGGAUAAUAAAGCUUGUCACAAGGCAUUUGGAUAUGUUCCAGAUUUAAAUAAUAAUGCACUUUAUGUUUACAGUUUGGAAGAAAAUCGUAUCUGGUCAUUCAGUCAUAACUACUUCCAUUUCGAUCCAAUUCAAGGUGAUCUCAGUAUUGGAGGACAAGAUUUUUCAUGGAAUGAUGGUAUAUUUUCAAUCACAUUGGGAAAUAAAAAUAUGAAUGGCUAUAGAACUGCGUUCUUCCAUCCAAUGGCAAGCACCAACGAGUUUGCAGUGUCAACUAAAGUUUUGCAGAAUGAACGUAAUGCAGGUCGUUCAAGUCAUGGACAAGAUUUUGAACUUCUUGGAACCAGAGGUCCACAAAAACAAUCAACUAUGCAUGAUUUUGAUCCCAAAACUGGAAUUAUAUUUUAUGCUGAAAUAAUGAAAAAUGGUGUAGGUUGUUGGAAUACGAUGACUUCAGAUUUCUCUGCUAGCAACCAUGGACAAGUUGCAAUGGAUGCAGAUCGUAUGAUUUAUCCUAGUGAUUUAACAAUUGAUAAUGAAGGAACUAUUUGGGUGAUGACAAAUUCGAUGCCAAUUUUUAUUUAUUCGCAAUUGGAUCCAAAUGUUGUUAAUUUUAGAGUAUGGAAACAGAGAGUACAGGAUGCUGUUGAAAAUACCGUCUGUGAAACUUGAGUGUACUUAAAUAACUAUUACAUAUUAUAUCAAAUAAAUAUUCUUUUACUAUUAACGAUCCUUGAGUUAUGUUUGAACAUUUCAAAAAUGUCAAUAA